AAAAGUUCAACGCUUUUCUCGCUAAAGUCAUCGGCGAUUGUUUCUCUUUCGUGGUCGCCGCCGUUGAAGCUCUUUCUCUCUCGCCGGCGAUCAUGAUCUACGUUGGUGGCGUUCCGUUUCUAAAUGAGAAUAGCUCAUCGUCUUUGUCUUCUUCAUCCCAGGAAAGCAACUUGCUUCUUGAUGUAAUGAGUCACCCUGCGAUAAUCUCAGCUUCUGAUUCUUUUAAGAAUCUCGAAGAACGGAAGGUUUCUUUCGGUGAAAGGGAUACAGAGAGCUCAACAAAAGACAGAUAUGUUUACGUAUUCCAAAGAGAAUUUGCUGUUGUGAAUCCAGCGCUCGUCGAUUUUGUUGGCACCGAUGAAGCAACAACUUGCGUAGGCCUUGUUAUCCGCAACAGGAAAUCUGGAAUCACGUCUAUUGCACAUAUCGAUUCACCAAAAGUUGUGGACUUGGGGAUAAGCCAGAUGUUACCAUUGGUUUUAGAGGAUGACGAAAAUGCCGAGUUUGAUGUACAUAUGGUUGGUGGUUAUGAAGAUGUCGACAUAAAAAAUGCUAAUGAUUGUGACUAUGCCGAACCAGAGGGUUACUCCUUCCCUCUGUGUUGCAAAUUAGUAGAAACUCUGCAGAAGAGAAGAGAAAACUUUCACAUUCAAACCCUCUUUAUUCUUGGGCAUAAUACCAAGUUGGAUGCUCAAGCGAACACGUGCCCCAUUUUUAAUGGAUGCCUGAUGAAUACCUCCACCGGUUCAAUUUUCCCAGCCAGUUUCAACAGAACUUCGAGAUGUCCGGAUGAGAUUGUUCGAAGAGUUCGUGUUUCAGCAUCAUUCGAAGAUUCUAGCUGGAAGGGGAAGUUACUCGACACAUAUGACACAAAAACUGAUAGAUUCAUCAUUGCACCAUGCUGCUGGACAAUGCGCCUGGUUGAAUAUGUUUGGGAACUUAAUCAGCUUCCUGAUGAAGAAAUUCUCGCUAAUUGUUCUACCUCACCUUCUGCUGAAGGUCCAGAUUUCAUAGACAAUGAAAGAAGGAUUUGGAACUAUUUACUAACAUAUCCAGAAUGGAGCAAAACCUUCCCAAGGAGACAACCACAUGUGUUUAAAAGGAUUGCCAAUGGAAGCUGGAAAAAAUGUUGACUUUCUCCGAAAAUAUAGCCAGAAACAACGGUUAAUGUAUACACAUUUAAGUUAGUUGCAUAUUUAAUGGAAUUGUCUGCACCCGGAAAGGAUCCAAGUUUCUGUAAAUGGUUAAGAACUUCUGUGGUGUGUGAUUCUUGGAACACGAGGUUUUUGGUAAUAAGUUGUAACUUUGGGACUGA